CUCACACAUAUCAAUGACUUUCUGAUGAGAUGAGAGGGAGCUUGUCAUACUGAGUUUCUGCGAAAUGGUCGUGGAGCUGUAACAUAGCCAAAGCUUUAAAAUAAGAUAUCUCAGUCCGGCUCACAAGGAGGGUCCACCUUUCCCUUUGCCAAAAACAAAAAACAAAACAAAAAAACACCCGUCAAGACUGCAGAAAUGCUGACUGACAACAGGAAACGACACCGUAGUUGUGACAGUGAGGAGGACCAACAGCUGAGUCCCCAGGCCAAGAGAUCAGGAGGUGGUCCCAGCCUGCUUGUUUCCGAUUUGGACUCAGAGUCUUCCAGCAGCGACAGCAGUAAUGGGAUCAGUAGUCCAGAGAGAGCAAUAGUGGCCACCACCAGGCCAUGCAUACACAGCCAGAACAACCGCAUCACCCAGUACUCCCUCAGCCCAAAGCCUGAAGACUCUGCUAGCUCCUUGCAGCAUGGUUUCCAUGGCGACGGCAGCAGUGUCUCCUAUGACUACAUCAACAGAGUCCUGAGGGAGGCGCACUUCAGUAGUCUGCAGACCAGAGGGCGUCCAGGCUCAACAUGACCGUGACCUCUGACCCCUCUCCUGACCUUUGGUCCCUCGCCCAUCAGUGCUGACACUGCUGGCACGGUGGCUCCUCCUUGAAAGCCUCAAGCGACACACUCGGGUCAGGGGGGAAGGGGAUGACGUGUGGGGAGGUUUACAGAUUUUGGGCGCAAAGGCUCAUCCCCACCUCACUAUGUACCAUUUGUCAAGACCAUAAGCACAUCCGCCUUUCCAUGGCCCAGCCACUGUGGUUUUCUGUGCAGUAUUGAUGUGUAUGUGUGUUUGUGUGUGUGUGCACGCACCCUGUGCACUUUAUAAAGAGGUAUCGUUCUCUUUACAUGCGUGCGUUGAUGCGUGGACAUUUUCAUUGGUGCUAAUCACAAGAAAAGUGUGAUGAAGAUGAUCCAAAGUGCUUGCAAAACUAAAUAAAGCUAAGCACUUUACUCAAUAACUCCUCAUUCUGUUUACUCUCGACUGGGGAAGUCAGUCGCAUGUUUGUAUUUGUGAAGAGGGAGUUGUAGUGAUCCCAUUCACAAAGGAAGUUCAUGGAGGCCAAUGGAUUCACUCCCAAGGAGCAUUAUUAAAACAAGCAAGUCAAAUAACAUUUUAGGCCUUAUUUGUUUUCUUUAACCAAAGUGGUAAAUGCUGUAUUUGCAGUUACUUUCACUAUCUAAAUUAAUCCAUAAUGUUUUGGUGUGGCAGGUCAGUAAGUUAAAGGUAAUGGAACAAAGAUUCCUCAUGAGCCUCACCACCAAAGUCCAACCUCAGAUUAGACCCUGGCUAUUUAUAGAGUUGUGAGAGCAGGCAGUGGAGUCUGCAGCUCAGGCAGCGUCAUGCUCAGCACAGUAAUUCUAACAAAAACAGCCUCAAGAAAACACUCUCUAAAUCAAUUUGUAACCAUGUGUUUACUUCUGUAACCUUUUACACAUCGUGUGUGUGUCGUAAGCCUGUCAGCCAUACUUGUUUCUGUAUGGUUUAAUAUGACCAGCACACUGUGUUGCAAAUAAAAUGAGAGAUGUGAAAGUGAUUCAUAUUUUAUGUAAUUUUCCAAAUCAUUUGACAUUGAAAUAAAACGUUACUGAAAGGAG